AUGUUGCCCAGUAUCACAGUUCAACCUAUAGAUCUAGAGGCUUCCAUACCUCCAGUGCCAACUAAGGUUGAACAUUCUCCAGUGCAACAGGAGGUCCCUGCUCAGGCUCCAGUUCCCCCUGAGCAGAUUGAAUUUUCUUCAAUCCAGUUCAAGCCUCUUUCCCAGUCUCCGGAGAUCCCCAAAAAUGAAUCUCUUCCAGGCCAACAGGAGCUCAUAGCUCAGACUCCAGACCCUCCUAACGAGGUAGAACCUGCUUCAGGCCAACAGGAGGUCCUAGCUGAGCCAUCAGAGCCCCCUAAGGAGAUUGAACCAUCUGCAAAUGAACAUGCAGUCUCAGCUCAUCCUCCAAAGCCCACUGAGGAGGUCAAACCUCCACCCCAGCAGGACGCUCCAGCUCAGUCUCCUGUCCCCCAGCAGGCCCUAGCUAUAUCUCCUGAGCCCCCUAAGGAGGUAGAACUUUUUCCCACACAGCCAGAGUCCCCAUCUCAGCCUCCAGAGCCCCCUGAGAAGGUAGAACCAUUCCCAGUGCAGCAGGAAGCCCCUGCUCAGCCUUUAGAGCCCCCUAAUGAGGCAGAAUCUUCAACCCAGCAGGAGGCUCUAGCUCAGUCUCCAGUUCACCAACAGGCCCCAGCUAAAUCUCCUGGGCCCCUUAAGGAGGUAGAACCUUCUCCAACCCAGCAGGAGGCCCCAGCUCAGUCCCCUGUCCCCCAGCAGGCCCCAGCUAUAUCUCCUGAGCCCCCUAAGGAGGUGGAAUCUUCUCCCACACAGCCAGAGGCCCCAGCUCAGCCUUCAGAGCCCCCGGAGAAGGUAGAACCAUCUCUAGCCCAGCAGGAAGCCCCAGCUCAGCCUCUAGAACUCCCUGACAAAGUGGAACCUUUUCCAGUCUCUCAAGAGACCCAUUCUCAGCUUCCACAGUCUCCUGAGAAGGUAGAAUCCUCUCCAGUCCUGCAAGAAGCCCCAUGUCUACCUCUAGAGCCCCUUAAGGAGGUAGAACCUUCUCCAACCCAGCAAGAGGCUCUAGCUCAGCGUCCAGAACCACCUAAGGAGGUUGUAGCACAACCUCCAGUCCAUAAUGAGGUGACAAUUCCACCUCUAGGACAAGAGCAAGCUCAGCAUUCAAACUUGCCCAGUGCCACUGUUAAACCUGUUGAUCUGGAGCUUACUGUAACUCCAGAACCUACUACAGAGGCUGAGCAUUCCACGGCCCUGCAGCAGACUCUAUCUCUUCCAGAGGACCCCGAG